GAGCCAGCUGGGGUCGUCGGGGAGGAGGAGCAGGGAGCAGUGUGUCUCUCGCACACACUCUGCUGUUUUCGCUGUUAUUUUUAGCCCUAAUUAUGAUCUGCCCAUUAGCGAAUGUUCAUUAACAAAGGCCAGCUAUUAAGAGAUUCAGAGAGACAACAUGUUUGCGGAGGAGAUUUUCAGCCUGAGGCCGCUGCUGGCGACGGAGGAGCACGAGAUCAAAUUGUGCGCUCAGCGCAGAAACGGACAGCAACAAAUUUUUGGACUUGUCACUGGGAACAACCGUUUGCUGCUUUACUACAUACAUUCUGACAGAGAGCUAUCAGUGAUCAAAGAUGUUCUGUGGCACUUGGAACCAACUCAACAAAUCUGCUGCCUCGCCUUCGAUCCUAGUGGCAUUUGGCUCGCUGUUUCCUGCUGUGAUAGCUCACUAUGCAUAGUUCCUGCACUUGCCCUUGUUGACCCUGAGGCUGCUCUUGACCUCCGCUGGCAGACAAGUGACAUCACAAAGCUGCUAACCACCAAACUCCGACCAGUGGCAACGUCCAUUGUCUGGUGGAAUAGCCUGGAUGGACAGCAUGUGGCCAUCCUGGGCUCUGAGAAUGGCCAAAUCACGUUUGUCAGUCUGACAACUGGCAAUGAUUUAGGACGCACAUUUGUCACUGGGGAGAUCAAUUCGCUGCAACUGUGUCUCGACAAUAGCCUUGACCUUGUCUUUCUUAUUAUCUCUGGGCCGAAAAGCCAGUGGAGAUUAAUUUUGGAGCAAAGAUCUAUUGGCUACUGUUGGCCGCUGGAACACAUUGAGGGAGAUGGUUUGAUGCCGAUACCAGUUCGCUCCCGACUGCAAAAUCUGAAGCACCUUUCAGUCGAUAAAAUGGCCUCGCUGAAGCAAAUGCUGGUCGAGACCAAGAAAGGUGGAACUAGCAGUGCAAAAAAGGCUCCUGAUGAGCCUAGUAGUAAAGAAAUUAGCACCACGCCUGUUGCUUUACAAGGACCUGAAAUUUACUCGUUUCAGUAUUCCAAGGAACGAUAUUUAAUCUCCACCUACAAUCCUUCUAUACAGUUAUUAAAAAUUUACCCUGCUGGUACAGGAGAAGAGAAAAUUCUUUAUGUUCACAAAAUUCCAUCAGAUGGAAAACCCAUCCUCUACGCUGACCGAUUCAUUUUGCUCUCUAACACAGAGAGAAGCUCUAUUUAUAUUUCAUCCUGCCACCUUUCAGAAGUAAAGCCUGAUCUGGAGCAAAGCACAGAGUCUGUUGUACAAUCCUUUGAUCUCGGAGCUGGAGAACAAGUAAUUGCGAUGUACAAGAGACUGCGAAGCACAAUUGCAGAUAGCGACAGUAAUCUAGGUGGACAGGAAAAUCCAAGUACAGAAACGUUUAUUGUGAUCACAUCUAGAAAUGUUUUUGAGGUUGCCCCCACAAAACCGCCUGCAGAGCUUUUCAUGCAAAUGGCCUUGGACAGCAAUCAGCUUGAGAAUGCUGAACGGUUGGCUGUAUUGUUUGGACUGAACUUGCAGACCCUCUUGGAAGCUGCUGCUGACCAAAAGUUGGAGGAGAGGCAGUUUUCCCAUGCAAUCACACUUUACAAGCUUUCAAAAUGUCGUUUUCUCAAAAGUGCUCUGAAAUUUGCAAAAAGUGGCCAUCCCAAUGAGCUCCUGAGCUACAUUCAAAUUUUGCUUUCUGCCAGAGACACUGAGCUCUCUCAGUCUGAAAAGCUGCACUUAUCCAACCUGGCCAUGAUGUCUUUUGCAGAACAAGUACUGCGCCAGUCUGCUCAGGAAGGCACUCCUCUUUUCAGCAAAUACUUAUCAUUUUUGAAGUCCAAUCUUUUCUACGAUGAAGUUUUGGCUGUGAAUAUUGCCGGUCAGACGAAAACCUGGAAGGUUCUACAUUUCUUAGCUACAAACCGAGGCCUGUAUCCAGAAGUGCUGGACAUUUUGCUGAAAGUCAAGCCAAGAGACAGUUUAGUUUGGGACUGUCUGAGUGAUCCUGAAAUGCUUCAACCGCUGCUCUUGAACAAUAAGCGAGCCAAGCUUCACAUGCAGCUUGUGACUGCCCAACUGCCUUUCUUAGAGCUUGAUGUGUUGCAGAAACUGUCGGCUUUGUACAAUCCUUACUCGCCUAAAUUCAAAAGUUUUUUGGACGCAGCUUACCAACAAAAGGUUUACAAGAACUCUGGAACCCUAACCUAUAACAGAGAAAAUACUCAAAUCCAAGAAUUUGUUGAAAUUUUUAUUUGCAUCAUGCUGCAAUUGUUGAAGAACAAAUCCUCCCCCUACCUCAACAGUUUGGUCAAGAUGUUUAAGCCAGAGCCAAAUAUUAAGACUAAGAAAAACGUUGCGCCAGCUUGUGGGCACAAAAUCCUCAGCGCUGGAUUCUCUCAUGCUGGCCUGGUCCGAGGCAAACAACUCUACAUGUGGGGCAAUAGCGUGCAAGGCUGUUUAGGUUGUGGUCCAACCAUGAUCAAGUUCAUGGUUCCAAAAUCACUGGACUUGUUCACUGGUUUGGGAGUCCACGUGCACAGUAUUUCUUGUGGUAAAAACCACUCCCUUGCAUUAACCUCAAACGGGGUGUACUCAUGGGGAAGCAGCCAGUUUGGACAGUUGGGCUUCGGAAUUACAAGCCACUCCUCGCACCCAAGGCUGAUUGAAAGCCUGUCUGAUGAGGACAUCAUCCAGGUUUCUGCUGGGCAGUACCAUUCUCUUGCGCUCAGCAAGAGUGGGAAGGUGUUUGCCUGGGGCUGGGGCGUACACGGCCAGCUUGGAAAUGGAUCAACAGACGAUCAGAAUGUUCCGAUGCCUAUCGCCACACUCGCUCAUAAGGUUGUUGUUCAAGUUUGUGGAGCGCACGGCCACUCUGUUGUGUUGACUGACGAUGGUGAGGUCUGGGCUUUUGGGAGCGGGGCCUUUGGCCAGCUUGGAGCUCCAAAUCUGCCAAAAAGCAGCGUCCCGUUGCUAAUAGACCUGCCAGAGAAGAUUCGCCUCAUUGCCUGUGGAUAUUUUCACUGUCUCGCAGUCAGCACCACGGAAAAUUUGUACACAUGGGGCUCAAGUUACCAGGCUCUUAGGUUGCACGCACAAGCCCAAAAACGAGCAAGGAUUUUGCAAGAAAAACAGUUUGUGCCUGAUUCAGCUCAAGAAGAGGAAAUCAUCGCUCAUCCUCCUCAGUUUUCACCUAGUCUCAUAGAUACCAGCCAAGUUCAGGGAACCAUUGUCCAGAUUUCCUGCGGUUUUCAUCAUUCACUGCUGCUCGACUCAAAAAGUGAAGUCUACUCGUGGGGUCGGGGGAUAGAUGGGCAGCUCGGUCAAGCGAACCGUAAAGAAAUCUCAGCACCACUUGCCCUACCAUCGCUGUCAGGACGCAACAUUGUAGCCAUUGAUGCCGGAGCUGAUUUCUCACUGGCCAUAGACAAAUCAGGAGCCCUUAUUUCCUGGGGCAGUAACUCUCACUCUCAGCUGGGAACCAUUCCUCAAGAGUCAAAGAGAAACAACAUGGAGGGAAAGCUGGUCAAAUACAAAAACAUGAAACGGGUAAUCAAAAUUCCAGCUGGUCGCCAGGCAAUUGUUGAGACACCAACUGACGUAAUCUCAUUCCCUCAAAUUUUAUCCUUUGCUGAGGAGGAUGACGAAGAACAGCAAGAAUGUGCUCCUGUGUGGAACACCAAAGAUCUGCCCUUUGAUGCAGAGGGCUUACAUUUCGUCCUUGAGGCCCUCCAAGACCUGUAUGACCCAUCAAAAAUACUGUCCAAAUGUUUGGAGGCAGAAAAUUACCAGGCUGCAGCCAAAGUCGCUUCUCUGCAGAAAAACUACGCUGUUGCUCUAACCUAUCAGCUGACUGCCCUUUCGAAGGGAGGAAAUAGCCACUGCUCUUCACUCUCCUCCCUUGACUCACCCCAAGGUGCCAUAUACUGCUUCACUGUCGAAGGAGGCUCCGAGCAGCGUGCAGAUGAAGGGCAGGAGUUGCCCAAAGAGAGCAUGGCAGGCGAAGCUAGCAAUAUUGUUGAACACUAUAUUGAUUUCAUUGAAUCUGAGAGCCACUGUGUCAUCAAAAAGCUGCUAGAGCAGGGAAUCGACUUUUGGCUAAAUCAUUCAUUGCCAAUGGGACACUUGGAGGAGUUGUUUAUGAAGCACAUCACUAAGUUCUCUAUGCCCUUAGGACUUAUGCUAUUUUGCAGCUCAACUAAGGAAGACUCUCAGCUGUGGAGUCAGCUUUCAACCAGCUUCUGUCUCCAGCUAUGCAAGGACAUAUUGUCUGGGAUGAAUGAAAAAAAAGUGAUACCGGAAUACGUCGAGCUGCUAUCCCAAGUUACCGCGCACCACGGAGGAGAAAGAGCCGAGCUUGAGAGCUGGAAGCGCGAGCCGCAAAGUCUAGUCGACAGUGUGCCAGACAAGGGCAUGUUCAUGACGCUCCACGAGAGCUCUUCUAGUCAGUCGGAGGAGCAGCUUAUUUUCACUUGUGGCCAUCGCUAUGGACUGGACACCUUCCACAGGUCACUGCUGCCAGAAAUUGAACUUGCGCUACUGCGCUUAAAUCAGCCCUUACCAACCACUGCCUCCAUUUUGAGAGAGCUCUUUAGCCUGAACCCCCUUGUGAAACUCGCCUGCCCAGUGUGCGUCCUUUCGCACCUGCAGGAGAGCUCAAUGUAGGAAGCACUAUAGGAACAACGAACUUACUUCUCGUCAUUUGCAUCAAGGCAUACACAAUCCAAUAUUUUGAUAUUUCUGCCAGUUUACCAGAUUAUAUAUACAGUAUACUCGUUAGUUUGUAACUAUUCUAUAUUGUCACGUUUACAGUUCCAAACAAGAGGACAAUAUUGAAGAAUCUUAUUAAAAUAUGUAUACCUAUUAAAAGUUA